AUCACAGGACCCUAUCAACAGACCCAACCAGGUCGGGUAGUAGAUCUCACUGACAGCAGUAUAGCCGAUGUUUUGCGACUGUGAAAAUGAGGGCUGUAGAAGUGCCUUCAUACAGCGCUAAAAAGUUCAUUCCAGAAAAGAUUUGGGCUCGUCCUUGCAGCUGAUGACCAGAAUAUUCAUUCAGUUUGGCAUCGUUAUCAUGGUUUGUGUAAGAAGACACCCCUGCCUUGGAACUGAUACAUGCUGAACUUAGUUAGGAGGUGUUUCCACUACAGAGGUCAACUGGGAUUAAAAUGGCCAGUGUGUAGAACCUGGGUUGUCCCACAUAUAUGCCACAUAAACAUGUAUUUUUAGAACUAAAAUGUCCAUGUUUCACAAGUGUUACAUCACUGAUUUAAAACUGGGAGCAGCAAUUACCCAAUCAAGAGAAAGAUAGGACCUACCAAUUGAAUCAGGUGAGAUGUGUUCGUUACCGCAUUUGAUUAACUGAUAUUAAAACCAACUGGCACUCCCAAUCCCACAGUAUAGAAGAAAAGAUCUGUCAGUUGGAAGGACUGGGACGAAAUUUGGUAGCCAUGAAGUGUGUUGCGUUACUUCUCCUGUGUAGCUUGGCCUAUAGCCAUGCAAUUGUGGCAUUACCAACAGACCUUGGAGGCACUGGAAGUCUUACUGGUAGUAUAGGAAGCUGGCUGUCAGACCUCAUUAUUAAUAAACCAGGCUCAGGCAUCAAUUUUCCUCUCAUUAUGAGUAAGAAGAGAGCUAUUAUCGGACUGAACUGUGGACCCGCUAUAUGCUUAAUGGCCUGUCCCUUUGGAAUGGCAGUUGAUGCCAAUGGUUGCCAGCUAUGCUCUUGCAAGAAUCCUUUCACUGGUGAUGGCUGGCCCCUUGGCGAGAUACCAAUGAUCAGCAAGAAAGACCUUGGAAGUGCUGCAGGAAACAUUGUCACUGGAAUCCAGAACUGGUUGGUUGACCUGAUCAAACCCCAAGUUACACCAUCUAUGGUUGUAAGCAAAAGGCUGUUUGGGCUAGGCCUUGGGAGUUGCCCAAUUUGUGCAGUUUACUGUCCAUUCGGACAGAAAUAUGAUGCCACCACCGGCUGCAUGACCUGUGGUUGUAAUGACUCACCUUUCUGGACUCUGAACCCAGUGGCUGUUACCAGCAAAAGAGGUGAAGAGCAAGAACUCCAAAAGCCUGUUCUCUGUGGUCCAGUUUGUAUGAUCUGGUGUCCUUACGGCAAUGUCUUGAACAGUAACGGAUGCCCUACAUGCCAGUGCAAGAAUGCCCUCGACGGAAGCAGCCCUUUCCCAACCAUUGACAUGACGUCUUUGAUGGUCAGCAAGAAGCGGUCACCUAGCCCCGCCAAGAAGGCAAUCUUUAAACCAGAAUGUGGGGUGGUCUGUAUGAUAUGGUGUCCAUUCGGGAAGGUGUUGGACAGUAACGGAUGCCCUACAUGCCAGUGCAACUCCAAUCCAAGUGGAACUGAUGGCUACCCAGAUUUCAUGGUCAGCAAGUAGAGGUUCUCUCAAUAACAUGACAGUGCUAAUCUAUUCCAAAACUGACUGAGAGAAAUACAUCAGAAGAUUUCCACCACAGAUUGUUGGAAAACAAGUUUAAGGUCGGACAGAUCGAUGACUUUCCAUGUAUUUUUGUGAUAAAUAAAUAUUCAUCAACAAACCUGAAUAUUCCUUGGGUUUUUACUCUUCCCAGAAGUACAUU